AUGGCUGGUUCAAAUCAGGAAGGUUCGAAGUGGCGCGCUAAUGGCACAUCCAAUAAAGGCACUAUUUUGGUCACUGGAGGCGCAGGAUACAUUGGAAGCCACACCUGCGUCCAACUAUUAGAGGAGGGGUAUAGGGUAGUGGUGGUGGACAAUCUCGAUAACUCCUCCGAGGAAGCUAUCACUCGCGUCGUGGAGCUGACCGGCGACAAGGGAAAAAAUCUGACCUUCUUCAAGGUUGAUCUGUUGGACCGGCCUCUUCUGGAGGAGGUGUUCAAGCACACUGCUUUCGACGCCGUGAUUCACUUCGCGGGGCUCAAGGCGGUGGGUGAGAGCGUGCAGCAGCCGCUACGAUACUACCACAACAACAUUACAGGCACUAUCGUACUGCUGGAGCUUAUGGAACAGUACGGCUGUAGCAAGAUAGUGUUCUCAUCAUCCGCCACGGUGUACGGUCAGCCCAAGAGAGUGCCGUGCACGGAGGAGGACGAGUUACAGACGCUCAACCCGUACGGCCGAACCAAGCUGUACAUAGAGAACAUGCUACGGGACAUGCAGGCGGCGUCGCCGGGGUGGCAGGUGCUGUUGCUGCGCUAUUUCAACCCCGUGGGCGCGCACCCCUCGGGGCGCAUAGGCGAGGACCCCCAGGGCAUCCCCAACAACCUCAUGCCCUUCAUCCAGCAGGUCGCUGUGGGCCGCCGCCCCUUCCUCUCCGUGUUUGGGAAUGACUAUCCCACGCGCGACGGCACAGGGGUGCGGGACUACAUUCACGUCAUGGACCUCGCAGCGGGCCACACAGCAGCGCUGCGCAAGAUCUUCACCACGCCCUCCCUCACCUGCGACGUGUACAACCUCGGCACAGGGCGCGGGCAAUCCGUGCUGGAGAUGGUAGCAGGCUUCGAGAAGGCCUCUGGCAGGGAGAUUCCCGUCAAGAUGUGCCCCAGACGACCCGGCGACUGUUCAGAGGUCUAUGCGCUGACGGAUAAGGCUGAGAGGGAGCUGAAAUGGCGGGCAGGUUUGACUCUCGAUGAUAUGUGCCGGGAUCAAUGGAACUGGGCUAGGCAGAACCCCUGGGGGUAUUCCAGCCCGCCUGAUGAGGCGCAGGCAGAGCAGGUAGUGGUUGUGGAGGGGGAAGGAGAGGGUAAAGGCGGGAAAGGAGAGGCGCUCAAGGUGCUCUCACUCGAGCGCGCCGCGUUCCCCGAUGCUAACGCUUCCGCCAACGCUUCUUUGCACCCCGCGGGAAGCGCCCGGCAGGGUUCACUUCCAGGGCAUUGGCGUCGCAGACGGGGCGGAAGGACUUCCGCGCGCGGGGGACGGGGGGAGGCGUCCGGCGGAAAGCGCGCGAACAGGAGCCAGUCGGAGAAGAAGCCGCAAGCCGGCCUGAUGCCUCCGCUUUCCCCCAUCUCCCCGACCUCCGCGCGUACUGCGGACGUAACCCCCAUACGCGGACACCCGGUCAGCGCUUUGCGCACAGAAACCCCCUCAGGAAGCGCCGUCGCGGUGCUAUCGGUGCAAGAAGCAUCCCCCGGAGCGACGGCGGCGGAGGGUACUCUAGACAGCAGCAGGCAGCGGCGGCAGCGGUUUGCAGGACGGCAGCUAGCAUGGGCGGCGACGCCGGCAAACGCGGCGGCUCCCGCGGAGGGGGAUUCCUCAAGAUCCGCUGUCUGCAGGGAGACAGGGAUGGGGGGAAGAGUGGGGGAUGCGCAGUGGGAGGCGCAAGCGGAAGCAGACGUGGUAGAGGGAGGGGGGAGAGCGGAUACACGGAAGGAGGAGGAAGAGCAGGAGGGGGAGGAGGAGGAGGAGGAGGAGGAGGAAGAGGAGGAGGAGGAGGAGGAAGAGGAGGAGGAAGAGGAGGAAGAGGGAGAAGAAGAGGAGGAGGAGGAGGGAGAAGGGAGGGAGGAGGCGGAGGGGAAGGAGGGGGUGGGUGGUGUGGGGAAGCAGCCGCGCAUACAGGCAGCAGCAGACGCACAGAUGCUCGUGAGUGACUCAAGACAGGCUUCAGCUCAUCGCCUCGCAGUGCAAACAGUUUCAGUACAAGCAGCUUCAACACAAGCAGCAGCAUCGCAGCAGCCGUGUGCUGCACACUCUAAGCUGUUGGAGAGGGAGCAGGGCGCAGGUGAGUCAGCUGUUGAGCGGAAGCAAGAAGCCGCACCCCCCAAGGCGCAGGGCGGAUCAGAGGCGGGCAGUGGUAGUGGGGGCGUGGGUGAGCGGGGGGCAGAGGAAGGUGGCGAGGCAGCAGGCGCCCUCUCCCACUGUUGUGGUGACGCCCCAGGCCGUGUCCCUGUGAUCAAGCAGGAGCAUACGGAGAGCGACGAUGCGAACCCCAUAGUGUUGUGCGAUGGCUGUGACGUGCCCGUGCACCGCCAGUGCUACGGCAUCCCCGCUGCUGCCCUGCUGCCCGUGGGGGGAGAGGAACACAAGACAGGGGAUGAGCAGGGAGGGCAGGAGCAGGGAGAGGGAGCGCGGGAACAGGGAGGGGCGGAUCAGGGAGGGGGGGAGCACAGUAGGGAGGAAGAGGAGGAGGAGGAUGCAAGCCUGCCGUGGCUGUGUGCGCGGUGCAGCAGCACCCGGCCUGCUGAGGUGCGCUGUGCGCUCUGCCCCGUGCUCUCCGGUGCCUUCAAACCCGCCCUCCCUGGCGCCCCUCCCUCUGGUUCCUUGGAACCCUCUGCACCAGCUGGUUUGCCCGCAGCCGUGGCAGCAUCGAAACCCGCGCCAGCAGCACCUUCACAAGACGCACAUGGGCCGCAGCAGCAACAGCGAGGGGAGCAGCAACAGCAGCACCACCAUUCGGCUCAGCAGCAGCAGCAGCAGCAGCAUGAGCAGCAGGAGCAGAAGGACGUGCAGCUAUUUGCGCAUCUGUUCUGCAGCCAGUGGGUGCCUGAGACGUACGUGGGCGAUCCAGAGAGCAUGCACCCCGUGUGCAACGUGAGGGGCGUCAGUCAGGAGCGCCGCCGCAUGCUGUGCUGCCUGUGCCGCUCCAAGGAGGGUACCUGCAUCCAAUGCAGCCAUGGCAUGUGCGCAGUGCCCUUCCACCCCAUGUGCGCGCGCCAGGGGGGCCUGCUCAUGACCCUCUCCGCCUCCCCCUGCUCCCCCCGCGUGCUCCUCAACGCCUUCUGCCCCCGCCACUCCGCCCUGCGCCUCCCCCCCUGCUGCACCAGCUGCAGGCAGGGGCAGGCGGAGGGGGAGCAAGGUGGUGGGGGAAAGGAAGAGCGGAUGGAUGGGGGGGUUGAAGGGGGAGUGGAUGAGAGGCAUGGGGAGGAAGGGGAUGAGGGGGAGGAGGGUGAGGAUGAAAGGGAGGGAGGGGAGAAUGGAAGUGAGGAGGAGGGAGAAAGGGGGAUGAAGGAGGAUGAGGGGAGCUUGGAAGAUGGGAAAGGGGCUCCUCGAUUGGAGGGUACUGGCAAUGAAGCUCGUGUGGUGGGUGUGGGGCAGGGAGCAGUGCAUAUGGAUGGGGCAGCAGUACGGGAGGCAGCAGCAGCAGGGGAGGCGGCAGAGAGGGCACCAGCAGGAGGUGAGGCAUCGGUAGCGGCAGCAGUGGCGGAGGAGUCAGAUGAUGAUGAUGUGGUGGUGCUGGUGGAAGAAAGAUCAGGAAGGGAGGAGGUAGAUGCAGCAGGAGCAGUUGCAGCAGCCGGGGAGGUGAGCGCAGCACGUGCUGUGGGAGGAGCAGCAGAGUCAAGAGAUGGGCCGCCAGAUGUCUCAGGAAGGAGUGUGCGCGGUGAAGCAAGGCUGAAUGCUAGUAGUACUGCUGUGGCGCCUGUUGCACGUGCUGAUGUGGCACAAGCAGCACGUGCUGCUGCUGAUGUGGCGGCAGCAAAGCAAGCCCAGGCUGACGUGGAGUGGCCCAAAUGGGAGGGCGCUGCUGCGCUGGCGCUGAGUCAGCAGGUGCGGUGCCACGCGUACGUGCAGAGAUAUGCUGAAAUGCUGCAGGCGUCUGGUGAAGAGGGGAUAGAGGACUCAAGUUGUGUGGGGCCAAGGCUCUCUCCCCCCAGUGUCUCCUGCGCCCUCUGCUCUCCUGCCGCGUGGCUGGGCGCUGCUGGGCAGGAGAACCGGGAGGGGGGCGACUGUGGGAAGUCGGGAGAAAGAGGGGAGGUCGGAGAAGGGGGAGGGGGGGAGAAGCAGAUUGCAGAGGCAGGGCGGCGACAAGGAGAAGAGGCAGCAGCCGUGUUGGGGGAGGUGUUGGGGGGAAAGGUGGGGGAGGGGGGAGGUAGGAGGGGAGGGGAUGGGGUGACUGGGGAAGAGGGAGUGAGAGUGGAGGGGGGCAGUAGUGGGGUAGAUGUUGUGCUCUUGCAGGGAGGAGAGAGAGGGAGAGAGAAGCGGGCGGAAGAUGGUGCGGGGAGGGAUGGGGUGAUAGGGGAGGGAGGCGGAGGGGAUGGGGCGAGUGCUGAAAAUGGGGUGAAGGGUGGGGGGAUGGGCGGCAGCAGGGAGGGGGAGGGGAACAGGAGGGUGGGGAAUGGUGGCCAGUCUGCACUGAAGCGAACAGAGCAGGGCGAGUGGAAUGUAUGCUUCCCUUACCCACCACCAUCCGCCCAUGACUCCUCCUCUUCUUUCCAGGUCUUGUUUCCUGACCAUGCUGUGCUGGGUGCGCCUGAGGAGGAACCCCUUCGCCUCACUGGCGCCAUCCCGCCCACCAUGCAGCAGCGCCGCUGCUGCUUCUGCCACUCCUCAUCUGCGCCCCCAUGCAUGCAGUGUGCCACGCCAGGAUGCCCCCGUGUGAUGCACCCCAUGUGUGCUCGUUACUGCUCUCGCCUCUCCACUCAGCCCCCACCGUCAGAGCCACUUCGAAAGCCUCGCACCCCUUCCUCGCCUCCAUCUGCCGCAUCUAUCCCCGCCACUGCCCCCACCACUGCCCCCGCCACUGCCCCCGCCACUGCCCCCGCCACUGCCCCCGCCACUGCCCUUCCCACUAUUUCUGCCUCUCCUGCUCCUCCCGCAACCACCUGUCCCACCCCUGGUACCAGCGCUGCUGAUUCCCCUGGCAUUGCACCACUCCCUGUCGAACCCCCUCGGGCAGCUGUAAAAAUUUACGUGUACUGCCCAGAGCACGCAGCAGCUUCCAGGAUCCGGAAACUCGACUCUCGUUUCCAGCAAUUCACCUCCCCCAGUAGCACCUCCCAGCUGCCCUCCAACGCACCUCUGCUGCCUUCAAAGCGCGGAGCUUCAGUUUCUUUCAUGGAUCAUGAGGAUCAGAAGAGACGCUGUGUGGGAGUGGCUCAGGGCGAGGGUGGGGAUGAUAGACUGGGUAGGGUGAUUGUGGGUGGAGCAGCGAGACAGGCAUGUGGAGCGGAACAGAGCUCGCAGGAAAAGCAAGCAGGGGGUGUGACGACAAGGCCACUGUUGAAGCUGCAGCUGUCGUACCUUGCCACACAUGCGGCAGCGCGUGCCCUCAACGCACGCUUGCCUCCAGGCUAUCGAUACGUGCCCGUCACUAAACUCGAUAAUCACUAG